CCCGCAGACUGCGCUCUGCGCGGCGGCUUUGCGCAUAACCUCAGCCACAUCUACGCCUCUGUGACUGCGGACUGCGCUGAUCGGGACCGUCUGGAAAGGUUUGCCGGGGCACAGUCAUGGUUCCGAGCCCGGCACCGUGAGAACUUUGUCCCUGGUUCCGGUUCUGUUUGGGCUCGUGCUGUUUUUUUCAGGAGAUUGCCGCCGUUUUUAAUGAUGUUCACUUUCGCUGCCUUCUGCUACAUGCUGUCUCUGGUCCUCUGCGUCUCCCUCAUCUUCUUCGCGAUAUGGCACAUUACAGCUUUUGACGAGCUUCAGGCUGACUUCAAGGUGCCCAUCGAUCAGGGAAAUCCACUCCACGCGAGGGAGAGACUACGAAACAUCGAGAGGAUCUGCAACCUGCUGAGGAAGUUGGUGCUGCCAGAGUACUCCAUCCAUGGACUCUUCUGCGUCAUGUUCCUGUGUGCCCAGGAGUGGCUAACCGUUGGCCUCAACAUCCCCCUGCUCUUCUACAACACAUGGAGUAGGUACUUCCACAGCCCAACAGACACCAAGGAGCUGUUGUACGACCCGGCAUCCGUGAUGAACGGAGACACACUCAAGUUCUGCCUGAAGGAGGCCUGGUGCAAGCUGUCCUUCUUCGUCCUCUCCUUCUUCUACUAUUUGUACUGUAUGAUCUACUCCCUGGUUACCUCAUAACAACUGAUUUUAUCAGCAGCUGAGGAGGGAACAAAAUGCCUCUGGACACCGACGCUGUCUCAGUGUCUGGAUGUAGAUUACACACAUCAAGACUUUUUUUUUUUAAAGCUCUAAAGCCAAACAACAGAAGGUUUUUGGGGCGAGUGAUGUUUGGAAAACAGAGAAGGGCUGUGCCUUCAAACCCUUCUGACUCUACAUUCAAACUGAAAAUGAUGUUUACACUUUGAGGGACCGAUGUCGAUCACUGCCUGGCUAACGGCUAACAGUUUGUAUCACGUGCGCCUCACGGUGAGUGGCGCUGUACUUACAGUAAACUCUGUGCAGCAGCGGCAUCGUUGUCCAGAGGCUGAAGAGCACAGUCAUCACGUUUGCACAGUUUGUCUCAGGCACAGCACGAUGAAGCACUGCUCGCUAAUCCGCCGUCGCUCCUCCGCCGCGCCUCACCGACCGUAGCUUCAACGGUGAGCCAGACAGGAGGGCCGAGUGGACAAACGGAUGGACAGAUCCCACUGUACAAAAAAGAAAAUCCUUUUUGUAGUUGUUUUCUUUGAUCUUGUCCCCGGACAGCACACUGAGUCUGCGGGGUUUUUCGUGAAUGGCUUCUGUGAUGUGUGCAUUUUGCUGUAUUUCUCAACACAACGGCAUUCCUAAUUGAAUCCAGCAAACGCCUUCUUAAUGUCGUCCUGGUGUCGUUAUACUGUGGAAAUCUUUUCUAAAACUGAAACUACGGUAGUGCUAAUGAGCUAUGGUAGAGGAGC